AUGUUCAUCAAGAACGGCAAAGACCGCAUUGGCAGUCGGUACAAGAAAUGUCUGUACAAACAAUACACGGACGACAGCUACAUGGACGAGAUAGAGCAGCCUGGGUGGCUAGGACUUGUUGGACCGGUGCUCAGAGCAGAGAAAGGGGACCGGUUUGUGAUCCACUUCAAGAACAAGUGCAAACGCCAGUUUUCCAUGCAUCCGCACGGUGUCCACUAUCUAAAAGACAGCGAAGGUGCACUGUAUAUUGACGGCACUUGGGGAAAGUUGAAACAGGACGACAUGGUUCCCCCUAACGGUUCUCACACCUACAUCUGGUCAAUACCCGAGAACUUCGCCCCUCUAGACAGCGAUCCUAACUGCAUGACCUGGGCCUACCACUCCCAUAUCAACCCAGCCAGAGACACGAACUCAGGAUUAAUCGGAGCUUUACUUACCUGCAAAAAAGGAAUCCUUAACGACGACAACACGAGAAAGGACAUAAAAUACGACUUCGUCAUGCUGUACAAGAUAUACGACGAGAGCCUGAGCUGGUACAUCGACGAGAACCUGGAAAAAUGCAAAGACCCCAAACUGUGCAAGGAACUCCUGAGUUCAAACGAUCCUGGAUUUGCCACCAGCAACAUGAUGCAUGGCAUCAACGGACGCCUGUUCGGAAAUCUGCCAGCUUUCGAGGCCUGUGAAAAUGAGCAUGUUGUGUGGAACAUGAUCGGUAUGGGUACUGAGAUAGAUUUACACACGGCACACAUCAACGGCCAAACCUUCACCGUGAAUGACCACAGAAUUGAUACGGUGCAUUUGUUUGCGGCUGACUUCAUGACGGGAGACAUGUACCCGAAGAAUCCCGGACGAUGGCUUAUCCAGUGCGCUGUGAACGAUCACUACUCCGACGGUAUGCAGGCUUUCUUGGACGUUAAAUCGUGCAGUCAGGAGCGUGCGUACGCUCCCCCAACAUGGACGGCUGCCCACAAGACGAGAACCUACUACAUCACAGCAGAGGAAGUUUGGUGGCGUUAUGCCCCGUCAGUUUGGAACAAAUUCUCCGGAGGCAGCUUGUCUGACCCGUCCAGUCGAUCAUCGACUUACUUUGGGAAAUCCAUGACAAGAAUUGGUGGGCAGUACAAGAAAGCUUUGUUCUUUGAAUACACUGAUGAAACCUUCACAAGGCGAAAGUAUCGUUCGGAUUCAGAGAUUCAUCUGGGGUUUCUGGGUCCAGUGAUUCGUGCUGAGGUUGGAGAAUCCAUUAAAGUUGUAUUCAAAAAUUACGCAUCCAGAAACUACUCGAUGCACCCACACGGCGCUAUGUAUGACAAAGCCAACGAGGGUGCCAGCUAUAACGACAGCUCUAAAGCCAUCAAAGACAACGCCGUACCACCUGGAGGAAUGUACACCUACACAUGGUAUAUCCCGGAGAGUUUCGGACCCACUUACAGCGAUCCCGACUGCCUCACCAAUUUCUACCAAUCAGCUGUCGAUCCAGUUCGCGAUACCAGUUCCGGUUUGGUAGGGCCCCUUCUCACAUGUAAAAAAGGCACACUGGAUCACGAAGGACGACAGAAGGGAGCUGAUAAAGAAUUCAUUCUAGUGGUGCAAGUCACGAACGAGAAUCUCUCCUGGUACAUCGACGAAAAUAUCAAGAAGCGAAUUAAAGACAUGAGCAAGAUUAACAAGACAGACCCAGCCUUUGUGGAAUCCAACAGAAUGAGAAACAUUAACGGGCGUUCCUAUGGCAACUUGGAAGGACUGGAAAUGUGUGUGGGCGACAAAGUGUCCUGGCAUUUGAUUGGCUUAGGAACGCAAACUGAUAUACAUCCGGUUCACUUCUUCGGAAACACUUUGUCCAAAAUCAACCGUGUGGACGUAUUCGCUGUGUUUCCAUCAACCACACAGACAUUGGCUAUGGUUCCCGAUAAUCCAGGUAUUUGGGGUUUGAUCUCCCGAACAAAUGAACAUUUCAAGAACGGUUUGACGGCCUUGUACACCGUCCACGGUUGCGGGAUGAAGCCACCGACAAAAGUUCCCUAUGACGCUAAAUCCCGCCGCUAUUAUGUCGGUGCCGUGGAAGUCGAGUGGGAAUACGCUCCACUUAAGAGAGAUGUUGUGAAGGGAAAGAGUUUGAAGAGGCCUGAUUCAGUUGGCUAUAUCUUUGUGAGACAUGACAAAGGCUUCAUCGGCAGCAAAUAUUACAAAGCCGUGUACAGGGAGUUUACUGAUGCAUCUUUCACGGAACCGAAAAAGCGGGACGAUCGAAACAUUCAUCGUGGAAUCUUAGGACCCGCUCUGAGAGCCGAAGUUGGAGAAGUCAUCGAAGUUGUCUUCAAGAACAUGGCAAGCAGGCCUUUCUCUAUCCAUCCCCAUGGCGUGUUUUACUCUAAGAACAACGAAGGUGCCCCCUACCUUGAUCACACAGGAAAGCACACGGAUGAUAUGGUCACUAAAAACGGUUUCUACGUGUACCGAUGGUUGGUUCCUGACAGGGCCGGCCCCGGUAAGAGCGACCCCAACUGCAUCAGCUGGCCCUACUACUCUUCCGUGAAUCCUGUGAAAGACGUCUACGCUGGUCUGGUGGGGAAUAUAAUCAUCUGUAGGAAAGGCAUCCUCUCCAAAGAUGGAAAGCGAAAGGAUCACAUCGAUAGAGAAAUCACUCUGUUCUUCUUCCUCUUCGACGAAAUGAUGAGUUGGUACAUCAACAAAACCACGAGCAAAUACGCGCCGAGCCGAAUGCACGACAUGUCCAAUUCCACGUUUAUGGCCAGCAAUAUUAUGAAUUCUAUCAACGGUUUUAUCUACGGAAACAAUCAAGGUUUGGUCAUGUACAAAGGAGAGAAGAUCGCCUGGUAUAUAUUUGCUCUCGGGGGAACCAUGGACAUGCACACCGUACAUUUCCACGGACAGGUCCUUAUUCACAAGAGAGGAAAUCCCACUAUUGUCGACGUCCUCGCCAUCUUCCCUGGAACCACGGAAACGCUGGAACUUGAAGCGACCAAUCCGGGCACAUGGCUCUUGCAUUGUCACGUGAACGACCAUUUGACCAAUGGCAUGGAGACUUUCUACACGAUCAAGGAUUCAUCGGCCGGAGGAGCGUGGACGACAAGAAGGACGACGAUGGAUUGGAGAGGAACAGAUUCGCGAUCACGUGAGCACGGGACGCGGGAAAUCGAUUACAGUGACUCCAGGGGGAUGGACUCGGAAUCUAUGGAGGAGGGAGGGGACGAUAUGUGGGGAAAGAUGGAUAUGAUAAUCUUGAUCGUUGCCUGUGUAGUGGCAGCGGUGGUACUAGGGGCAGCAAUUAUCAUACCAGCUCGAGGGCCACCAAAAGCCUCCAGAACCACAACAUCAUUGGAAAGUGGCGAUGACGCACCGGGAACCAGUCCGUCACCUGUAAACGUGGUUAACGAGGAAGUCCACUGA